GUACGACUUGUCAGACAGCUUUUUAGAGACGUUGUUUACCGUCAAUAUGCCUUAGGGGGACAUUUACAGAAACAUUUGCUGCCAUCGGUUCAUGUCGUAGCCGAAGCAGGCUGCAGUGUUAAUGGCUGAACUAUGAAGGCCCAACUUCAAGUCACCGUUCUGUCGGCCAAACUGAAGGAGAACAAAAACAACUGGUUUGGCCCCAGUCCGUACGUGGAGGUGGCUGUGGACGACCAGUCGAAGAAGACGGAGAAACGCAACAACACCCACAACCCCAAAUGGAAGCAGUCACUCACAGUAAUUGUCACUCCUUUCAGUAAGAUCAUUUUCCGGGUAUGGAGUCAUCAGACUCUGAAGGCCGACUUCCUAUUGGGAAUGGCCACAUUGGAGAUCAGUGAAACCCUCAAGUCCAAUGAUCUGAAACUCUCUGAGGUGUUGCAGACCCUGCAGCUGUGUUCAGACCAGGACCACACAGACGUGGUGGGGGACCUGUCCAUCUGUCUGCACGGCGUGCACGUGGACCCAGAGACCUUCGCCUCUGCAGAGAGAGACCAUGCUACUGCUCCUAACAGCGACGUGAGACAGAACGAAGAUGGUGGCAACAGUGAUGUCAUACCCGCCAGGUCCAGCAGAGACACGUCCCCUUCCAGUGACUCCACAGAGGACUGGGUCAUCAUCCCCAACGGCCACGCGAUCAACUGCACGGGGUCUCCCGCCCCAUCCCCAGGGGGCUCCAAGUCCACUCGCCCCCCCAGACCCGCCCGUCCUCCUCCACCCACCCCUCGCAGACCAGCCACCUCCCCAGUGUCCUCCAGCAGCUCCACUCCCAGCGAGGUGAGCGAGCCCCCGGCUUCAGACGACUCCUCCUACCCCCCUCAGGAGAACGGAGCAGCACCCCCACCCCCACAGGCAGCCAGCACCAGCGGACCCCCAGCCAUCGGGGCACCAGCCAGUGCACCCCCAGCCGGCGGGCACGCCCAAGUUGGCCCUGUCAGCAACGGCCCACUGCCACCGGGCUGGGAGCAGAGGGUGGACCAGAAUGGCCGCAUGUAUUAUGUGGAUCACAUUGAAAAAGGGACGACAUGGAACCGACCCGACUCUCUCCCUUCUGGGUGGGAGCGGCGAGUAGACCCCAUGGGCAGGGUGUACUUUGUGGACCACAUCAGCCGGACCACCACGUGGCAGCGCCCUACGCAGGAGUCGGUGCGUAACUAUGAGGAGUGGCAGCACCAGCGCAGUCAGUUGCAGGGGGCCAUGCAGCAGUUCAACCAGAGGUUCAUAUUCGGGCUCCAGGAUCAGCAAAUAGCCGCAGCAAACAAAGAGUUUGACCCACUUGGGCCGCUGCCACAUGGCUGGGAGAAGCGAACAGACACCAACGGCAGGGUGUAUUUUGUUCACCACACAUCGCGGAUGACCCAGUGGGAGGACCCACGAACGCAAGGGCUGCUUAAUGACAAGCUUAUACCUGAAGGCUGGGAGAUGAGGUUCACCGUGGACGGCAUCCCCUACUUCGUGGACCACAACAGGAGAACCACCACAUACAUCGACCCUCGCACGGGCAAAUCCUCCCUUGAGAAUGGGCCCCAGAUCACCUACGUCAGGGACUUCAAAGCCAAAGUGCAGUACUUCAGGUUCUGGUGUCAGCAACUGUCAAUGCCACAGCACAUCAAGAUCACCGUCACCCGCAAAACCCUCUUUGAAGAUUCAUUCCAGCAAAUAAUGAGCUUUCAUCCACAAGAUCUCAGACGGAGGCUUUGGAUAAUUUUCCCUGGUGAGGAAGGCUUGGACUACGGAGGAGUGGCAAGGGAGUGGUUCUUCCUGUUGUCUCAUGAGGUGCUGAACCCCAUGUACUGCCUGUUUGAGUACGCUGGGAAGGACAACUACUGUCUCCAGAUCAACCCUGCCUCUUACAUCAACCCCGACCACCUCAAGUACUUCAAGUUCAUCGGACGCUUCAUCGCCAUGGCCUUGUUCCACGGAAAGUUCAUCGAUACGGGAUUCUCCCUGCCCUUCUACAAGCGCAUCCUGAACAAGCCCCUGGCCCUGAAGGACCUAGAAUCCAUCGACACGGAAUUCUACAACUCCCUCAUCUGGAUCAAGGAUAACAACUUGGAGGAGUGUGGUCUGGAGAUGUUCUUCUCUGUGGACAAGGAGAUCCUGGGGGAGGUCACUACUCAUGAGCUUAAGCCAGACGGAGGCAACGUCCUGGUCACUGAGGAGAACAAAGAGGAAUACAUCAGGCUGGUGGCAGAGUGGAGGUUGUCCAGAGGUGUGGAAGAGCAGACCCAGGCCUUCUUCGAGGGCUUCAACGAGGUCCUCCCCCAGCAGUACCUGCAGUACUUUGACGCUAAGGAACUGGAGGUGAUGCUGUGUGGUAUGCAGGAGAUAGACCUGGUGGACUGGCAGAGGCACACCAUCUACAGGCACUGUGCAUGCAGCAGCAAGCAGAUUGUCUGGUUCUGGCAGUUUGUAAAGGAGAUGGACAAUGAGAAACGCAUGAGGCUGCUACAGUUUGUCACCGGCACCUGUCGGCUCCCCAUGGGUGGCUUCGCUGACCUCAUGGGGAGUAACGGACCACAGAAGUUCUGCAUCGAGAAGGUGGGCAAAGAAAACUGGCUUCCAAGAAGUCACACUUGCUUUAAUCGACUGGACCUGCCCCCCUACAAGAGCUAUGAGCAACUGAAGGAGAAGCUGAUGUUUGCCAUCGAGGAAACGGAGGGCUUCGGACAGGAGUAGUAACACACGGGGCAGCCAAAAUGGCGUGCCUCAAGGAGCCAUUCUCCACGCACUUUGAUCUGUCUAGGUUUCAGGCAGCCGCACUUUUCCCCCAGGUCUUGGCUCUCUUGAGAUGGGCAGACACUAACAGACACACCCCUUUCUGCAGUCCGGAGCCACGUUAGACAGACCCCCAAAACCGUUACACCUGAGGUGGAGUCAAUCUGUCUCCAUGGUGAUGACCCUUCAUACUGAAUUAUUCAACUUUCACCCCCUGACCUGUGUAACCCUGUUGAAGCUUGCCUUUUUCUGCCCAAUCAGUCCACGUGUUCGGGAAGAGAGAGAGUCACAUCUGUCUCUCUGUCAUCUCCACACCACAGUAGUUAAUAAUCACGGAAGACUAUUCACUACAAUGUGAGUUGUUUCAUUUCUUCCCCUUCAUCUCCCUGAGCACAGACUGUUGAGUGUAUGAAUGGAUGAAUGAAUGCUAGGGAUCGAGUGCUGCCGAUUCUUCCAAAAAGACCCCUCAUCGAUUUGUGACAUUUUGAGUGUUUUACUUGAUUUAACAUGUUGCUUUCCGAAUGAAAUAUUGAAUCUUAAGGCAUUUACUUUGCUGGUACGCCACUUUUGUGGUGGUAAGGUUUUUGUGAAUGUUAUGAUGAAAAGCUUUAUUUUUGACGUGCAAUAGUCUUAUAGUCCGAUAUUUUUGCCCUUUAUAUAGAUACAAUUAUUUACCGCAAUCCAAAGUUUUUGUUUAUAAAAAGUCAGGUGUAAUCAAGUCUACGUAUUGAUUUCAACCUCGAAUAUUGAGAAUGCUUUUUUUUAUAGCUUGAAAUUCUUGUAGCAAAACAGGGUCGUAUUCAUUAGUCACCUAAUGGAAGAACAUUUAAUGAAUUUAGUCUUUUUUUUCGUUGAAUGUUUUGGUGCCUACUGCAACGACCCUGGUUUGUUGUGUGAUUUGACCCUUUCUUUCCCAAAGAGUCGGCAUUAGGACAGUAACAUUGUUUACAUUUUUAAGGCAAACCGAAUGAGUUACUAAUGACGUGGGAGUGUCAGCAGUGUGUCAAAAAUUAAUGUAAAGACAACCGAUAAGGAAAGAGUACAUUUAGGAGUGAGAUACAGUAAUUAAGAAAUAAGACGACUUCUUGUGAAAAUCACUCCCACAUAUAGAGAAUUAUUAUGAACUCCAAUAUCAAAAUAAUGAUUAAGGGCUAGUUUAAAUCAUAUCCGCGCUAGCCGACACCCGCAUAGCUGUUGUUUUGGUGGUGUUGGAGGUGGAACUGCAUUGGAGCUGUCAAAUCCACAAGCGGCUCCCGGCGUUAUACCUGAAGCGGACGUUGCCAUUGGAUGCACCGAGUCCCAUUAACAGAAAUCCCAUGCAGCCGUGUUACAAUUUCGAACACUGGCAUCUGUGAUGUAAUCUACACCUCUAUUAGGCUAAUAUAAAUCCUUAUUAUUUUAUUUGAUGGUUUUCAAUUUGAGCGUCAUUAUUUCUAUAUAGCCUAGACUUUCUCGUUCUGAACUUCUAACGUGGGUGGAACAGGUGUGGCUUCGUGACAAUGUUUUUAAGAGCAGCUGCUCAAUGAUUUGAUGUCAGAAUGGGCAAAAGGAGUUAGCUCAGCGACUUUGAGCGUGGUAUGAUCGUCGGUGCCAGGCGUGCCGGUUGGGCUUUUCACGCGCGCCAGUGUCUAGGGUUUACCGAGAAUGGUUCGAUAAAGUACAUUCAGUCAGCGGCAGUCCUGUGGGCGACAACGGCUCGUUAAUAAGAGGUCGAAGGAGAAUGGCAAGAAUUGUGCUCUGCUAACAGGCUGGCCACGAACAGGCAAAUAACGGCGCAGAACGGCAUCUCGGAACGCACAACUCCUCGGUCCUUGUCGCGGAUGGGCUAUUG